GCUGGACAAUACUUUUACGUUCAACGUCGAAUAACGCGGGGAAUGGUGAACGCGGCUAACGCUUAAUUUUUCUGUGCAUGUGUAUUCUUCGAUCAGUAGCAGAAGGAAUAAAUAAAUUAUAAAACACAUAUAGUUUUUAAUAGAAGGAGCAAAAUGCCGUAUGCAAAUCAACCGUCGGUUCACAUCUCGGAUCUGACCGAGGAGAACGUAAAAUUCCAAGUAGAAGAUACAGAAUUGAGUGUAGCAAAUAGCAUGAGACGCGUAUUUAUCGCUGAAACACCUACCAUGGCUAUCGAUUGGAUACAAUUGGAAGCCAAUUCGACUGUGCUGAGUGAUGAAUUUUUAGCUCACAGAAUCGGAAUGAUACCAUUGAUAAGUGACGAUGUUGUUGAUAGGAUACAAUAUACAAGAGAUUGCCAAUGCAUGGAUUUCUGUCCAGAAUGUAGUGUGGAGUUUACCCUUGAUGUAAAAUGUACAGAAGAUCAAACACGACAUGUUACCACAGCAGAUUUUAAAUCCAGUGACCCAAGAGUACUUCCUGUUACGUCCAGACACAGAGAAGAUGAUGCUAGUGAAUAUGGAGAAACAGAUGAGAUCUUAAUAGUAAAAUUGAGAAAGGGUCAAGAAUUGAAGUUAAGAGCAUAUGCAAAGAAAGGUUUUGGAAAAGAACAUGCGAAAUGGAAUCCCACUGCGGGAGUGAGCUUUGAAUAUGAUCCAGACAAUUCAAUGAGACACACACUGUACCCAAAGCCAGAUGAAUGGCCAAAGUCAGAGUAUAGUGAAUUAGAAGAAGAUCAAUACGAGGCAUCAUUCAAUUGGGAAGCUAAGCCAAACAAGUAUUAUUUUAAUGUGGAAAGCAGUGGAGCUUUGAAGCCUGAAAAUAUUGUAAUGAUGGGCAUCGCAGCACUGAAAAAUAAAUUAUCCAAUUUGCAAACGCAAUUGAGCCAUGAGGUUCAAAGUGAUGCCCUCAGCAUUCAUCAUUGAAUUUCGUGUAGCCUUAAAUCUGUUUCUUUCAUCUUGAUUGUUUCUAUGCCAACUAUUUGCAUAAAUUUGUAUGUCGAAAAAUAAAUGAUGUAUUCUAAUCACAGAGAA